CGCGCGUGUGUUGUUGCGCAGGGGCGCGCCCGCCGUCCGCUGACCCGGAGCUCUCGCCCCGCGCUUUCGUGUCCCGGAGCUCAGGCGCUGCCCCGGCCGGAGCCGGAGCGCCAUCAUGGAGAAAGUGGAGAAAUUCUUGUUCUCGGCCGUCGUGAGCAGCAACUUCCUCAUCGCCUCGGUCUUCUUUGCCAUGAUUAGUCGGGCCCAGAGGACUCCCUACAUGGACGAGAUUUUUCACGUGCCGCAAGCGCAGAAAUACUGCGAGGGGAGAUUCCUGGAGUGGGAUCCGAUGAUCACUACCCUACCCGGUCUCUACUUGGUGUCCACUGGAAUAAUCAAGCCAGUGUCAUGGCUGCUGAGCUGGACAGGAACUGUUGUGUGCUCCACAGGAAUGCUACGAUUCAUUAAUCUGCUGUUCAAUACUGGGAACCUCUACUUACUUUAUUUGCUGUUGUGCAGGAUACAUCAGAAGGACAAGGCUACCUCUGCAUUCCAAAGAAUAGCGUCUGCAUUAGCACUUGCCUCAUUCCCUUUGCUUUACUUUUUCUCAUUCUUGUAUUACACAGAUGCAGGCUCAACAUUCUUUAUCCUGUUUACUUACUUAAUGUGCCUGUAUGGGAGUCACAAAGUUGCUGCCUGCCUUGGUUUCUGCGCUUUUAUGUUCCGUCAGACUAAUAUCAUAUGGAUUAUAUUCUGUGCGGGAAAUAUUAUUGCACAGAAGUUGACAGAAGCAUGGAAGACUGAUUUGGCCAAGAAAAAGGAUGCAAAGACAGGAUGUAUUGUGGAUCCAACUGAUGAAAUCAAGAAGGUUGUGCAGUUUCUUUUUGGGUAUGUUCUGUCACUGAAGAAUCUGAAAGCAUUGACCGUUUUGACCUGGCCAUACAUUACCUUGGUUAUUGGUUUUCUUCUAUUUUUAUUUCUGAAUGGAGGCAUAGUUGUUGGUGACAGAACCAGUCAUGAGAUCACUCUGAAUUUCCCUCAGUUAUAUUACUUCUUUUCCUUCACGCUUGUUUUCUCUCUUUUUCAUCUGGUUUCCUUUCUAAAGAUCGUUUCUUUCUUGGAUUCAGUAAAGAAACACACGUUAUUUUAUAUUGGUUUUGGAAUUGUCUCCCUGUUGUUGAUUUGGAAAUUUACCUUUGUCCAUAAAUUCUUGAUUGCGGACAACAGACACUACACAUUUUACAUUUGGAAAAAUAUAUUUCAGAGACAUGAAGUGAUCAAAUAUCUGUUGGUCCCAGGGUACAUCUUUGCUGCUUGGACAUUUGUUGAAGCAUUGAAGUCCAAAUCAAUAUUCUGGAUCUUGGCAUAUCUUUCCUGUUUAGUCAUUGCCACAGUUCCACAAAAGUUACUGGAGUUUCGUUAUUUCAUAGUACCCUACUUGAUCUACAGACUCAACAUCCCAAUGCCCUCAAGCUUCAAAGUUAUUGCAGAGCUGGCUCUGUAUUCUUUAGUAAAUAUGUUAACUCUUUAUUUGUUUCUUUAUAAAACCUUCCAGUGGCCAGAUAAGAAAGAAAUUCAAAGAUUCAUGUGGUAAAAUUUUGUUUCUUCUUUGUAGAGAGGGAGUGGGCCUUGAUCAUAUUUUAAACCUCUGUAAUCUUAAUAAAUUGGGAAUCGCAUGCUGUAUAUAAUGUUUUGUGUAUCUUUUUGUGGUUCACUUUGGUACUUGUAUAUUUGCUGUGAUCCAAUCGUUACUGCUUUUUGCCGAACUAUUCGUUUUGGUAGUUUCAUUUGCUUGAUGUGGUGAAUUUGUUUUAGUCAUGUGUACACUAAUAAUUUUAAUUGUAUUUGCAAAGUAAGCCAAGUUAGCAAUUUCUCUGAAUUAUGGAGAUAUUUAAUGCUACAAUAUUUCAUACUCCUUUUGAAGUACAAAAAUAAUAUUCAAAAUCUUAAUGUAAAAUUAUUGAUGAAAUUAAAAUUAUGGUGCUUUCUUUCAAUAGUUUUUUUAAUUCCAGCAGCAGAGUUCCAAAAAAUCUGACAGCAUAUGAUUGUCUUAAAAUCAUACUAAACCAAAAGAAUUUGAAGAUUUGUUGAAAAUCUGACCAAUGUGAGAGAUUAUGUAUUAUUAUUAUUUUUAUUUCCACAAGUGUAUUAUUGUUUUUGCUGUGAUACAAGUCCUCAGCAUUGAACUGCAAAGACUAUAAUUUCAACCUGUUUUCAAUAAUUAGCACCCAGUAGAUCCUCUGUGGCAUCACUCACUGAAUUAUAGGUUACUGUGUGUGGGAUGCUGAGGAUAACAUUAUCACAUUGAGAAUUUGGAAUGUACCAGGAAUAGUAAAGUUGAUUUUCGUUUUGGUUCUUAGAGGAAGUUUGCUUAAUUGAUCUGCUGCAGGAACUGAAGUACAAACUGAUGAAAAUACUUGUGUUUUUAUGGUACCAAUCCUACUAUUUCUUUUCUCCACAGUAAUAUAAUUACCAUUUUUUUUUCUGUAGACAGCAAGCUCCCUUGUCCAAACAAAAUGCUUCAGUCAGUGAGGUACUGUCUCUUAAACUAUCCCAAGCAGCUAGUUAUGGCUUGAGAACUGCCUGUGACAUGGAAUGGUUCCAUCGUUGAUCAGGUAGUCCGUCAAAGGGCAGGUAUUUUAACCUCACCUGAAAUUCAGCAUCGCCAUUAAUGCAAGCAUACCCUUAAAAUAGCGUUGAAGAUUGUACAUGUAGGAUUUGAACCCAUAGACUUUCAGUUGCAGGAGGAAAUCUAUACCAAACAAGGAGUGUUACCACAGUUGUAUAAGUAAGUGAAUGCAUUUGAUGCAGGAACAGGGAAAGGGCAGUACAGAUUCAGUCACUGUGAAUGUUAAUUCCUCGUCCUGUUGUGUAUGUAGCAAAUGAGAAGUCAAUUUUCACUGUUGCCUUCCAAGCCCCACAUUUGAUUUUCUGACUUCUUUGCAAGUACUGUUUGUUUCCUGAGCAGGAAGAGUAAUUUUAAAAAUAGGUCAUGCCAUACUUGGUGGAGGAUGACCUCUUUCAUUUCUGUAAGCAGUAGACAUAUGAGACAUGGUGCACUAUUUUGUUACACCUUUUCAGAUGAUGGUAAAAUCCUGUAAUUACAAUUAAAUCAAUUUUUGAUACAGACGUCAAUGCAUUUUACUAGUAAAGAUAAUAUAAGUAUGCAAUUUUAUGUCAGCCUUCUCUUUUGUGUUUUUUUCCAUAAACAUCAUUUCUGACAUUACUUGGCUAACAAGAGUUCAGGUAGAGGACCAACAAAUUUUUGAAUUAUGCUUGGAUCAAACUAACCAAUUUCCAUUUUUCCCACCGGUAGCCAUAUUUUUUUGGUGAUUUUUCAUAUGCCUUUCUUUUUAUAUACUGUAUGUCUACUUUUCCUUGUUUAUGACAAAGAUAGUAAGAUAGGAAUGGAAAAAGAUUGUUUGACCAUUCAAGAUGGUUCAGCAAUUCAAUGAUUCCUUCUAAUGCCACAUUCCCACUCUCUCUCCACACAUCUUAAUGCCUUUUUAAUCUGGAUGUGUAUCUAUUUCCUUCUUAAGUAUAUUCAACCACAUGAACUUUGCAGCCCUUUGUGAUGGAGAAUUGUCCAGGUGCCAGGAAUAAAACCAUUUCAUUUCCACUCCCAAAUUAUCUCGCCCUCUGUCCUGAGACCUUGAUCCUAGUUUCAGAUUGCCAGCCAGGUGAAACAACCUUCCUGUCAAACCCUUUCAGAAUGUUGUAUGUUUCAAUUAGAUCUCACUUUGUUCUUCUGAAUUUUAUUAUAUACCGGUCUAAUCCACCUAAUCUCCCCUCAUAGUGUAUCUGCCUUUCCAGGGAUUAGCCUGGUGAACCUUAGUUGUGCUCCCUGCAUAUAUUUCCAAGUGUGGAAACCCAAUCUGCCACAUACCCUCCAGAUGCAGUAUCACCACAGUGCGGUAUACUUGUAGUGAUACAUCUUGCUCUUGCAACAAAGCCCAAUACAUAUUUGCUUUUUUAACUGCAUGUUUGCUUUAAACAUACAAGGCUGUCCAGACCUUUUUACAUAUCAAGAUUUAUCAGUCUGUCAUCACUUAAAUAUUCUGCUGAUGUUUGUCCUACAAAAGUGCAUAUUGUAACAUAUAAUCAAAUUAUAUUUCACCUGCCACAUACGUGCCCAUUCAAUUGUACAAAUUGCCUCCAAGUAGAAGUCACUACAUUGCCACGGUAAUAUGUGUUUUAAGAAGAUUUUGCAUUAUUGAAUAUGGAUAAUUACUUUCAC